AUGCCAAAAGAUUCGGACAUCGAAACCAAAACAAGCAUCAAUACAAACGGCAGCACAACUCUUACGGCUGUCUCGCUCCCUUCGUCACUUGAGUCUGAGUUAGCAAAACUAGAUUCUGACGAACGAUUUAAUAGAUAUGUUAAUGAAUUAGGCGAAUCUUAUUCUUCUGACACGGUGUCGAGCACCAAAGCAACGACGCUACGAAAAAAUGCCAUAGACGCCGCACUAGCUAAUAUCAAACAAUCGAUGAUGAUCGACCUUUGUUUCGUUUUAGACUGCACUGGUUCUAUGAAGCCACACAUUGCUGCUGCUAAAGACAGCAUUUUGCAAGUGGCAAAACACAUCCAACAGACAAAUCCCGGUUUUAACACGCAGUUAGGUUUUUGUGGCUAUCGUGAUUUUUCUAAUAAAGAUCAAAGGUUACAACUCUUUGAUUUUAUUAAUUCUUACAAAAAGUUUGCCAAAUACGUGUCUACGGUACUGGCGAUUGACAAUAAUGAUUUUGCAGAAGACGUUCUCGGUGGUCUCAAUGCAGCCGUAAACGAAAUGAGUUGGCGAAAUGGCACUCGCAUCAUUCUUCACAUUGGUGAUUAUCCACCUCACGGCCAACGUUUUUACAAUAAAUGCAGCGAUUUGUAUCCGCAGGGUGAUCCAAAUGGGUUAACAGCAGAGGGUGUACUUGAAAGCAUGCAGAAGAAGAAUAUUCUCUAUUGUUUCGGUAAAAUUACGAAAUACACUGAUGUUAUGAUUAAUGUAUUCCAGAGCAUAAUUGGCGUGUUUCCAGUGUUCGAUCUUGUGGGAGGCGAUCCAAUCGCGUUAAUUGAUAAACUUAAAAAGGCCGCCUGCACAGCCAUAACCAGUUCGGUUACGCUAACAAGCACUCUGGGAACUGGAAACGAUGAUAUAUAUUCUAUACGACAAAAGAAACUUGAAAUGGGCACGCAGGAACCUAAAUGGGAUAAAGCUUUGUCACAUUCUGGUGUGGUGUUAUGGUAUAGUUUCCCUAUAAAUUUGGAUCGGCUGAAAACUCGUGCGUAUUUUACCAAGGAACAGCUCUUUUCUCGGGAAUUCUCUUUCAAAAUGUCCAAACAGCCUUUUUCUGCCGGUUCCGAAAAAUAUGCAUAUUUCGGUCUUGAUACUACGGAGAAUCCAACGCAAAACGUGGUAAUUAAAGAAUACCUUAAUAUUGUAUAUAAAACAAAUCCUAUUGAAAAGUAUCUUGAGACGGUUGAGGUCUCUACUAUAGCAGCUUAUCUUGCAACAAAGUUUAAUUCGGCUAUAAAGCGAAUGAAGAAGGUUAAAAAAGUAAAAUUUGUUGAAACCAAACUUUUGCGUGCUGUUAUUGGCAACAGGAAUAAGUAUUAUACUGUCGAACAAAGAUUCCAAGGUGCAACAUUUGAACGGUUCAAUGUCAACAGUGGGGUAAUUGUAGAACUGCGUCCUGUCCUGGAAGCGUUUGCUCAUUUUACAUACGAGUACACCAAACAUUAUUUGGUGGUUUGUGAUCUUCAAGGAGUUGAGCUGACGAAUGAGUUUCUUCUAACAGAUCCAGCAAUACAUUGUGUUGAUUUAUUAAGGUUUGGAAAAACAAAUUUAGGUGAGAGGGGAAUUGAGGAAUGCUUUCUGGCUAAUCAUACAUGUAAUGAUAUCUGUGAAAAGUUGGGUUUGUACGAACCGCCUCGUUUUUCUACAGUACGGCGUUUAUUAGGCUGUGGUUCAUGCUGUUAUACCUGA